AUGUGCGUGUCAGUGGGCCCGGGAUUCCCCAGCCUGGGCCCUGGGGUUCCCCCGGCGGCCAUGUCUGCGCCGGCCGCGUCGCCCGCUGCUGCCUGCCUCGACGUGCCGGGGGCGGACAGCGGGGGUGGGGGCGAGCCUCCGCCCCCAGGACAGGCCCCCGAUAAGGCGUCCGGCGCCGGCGUCACCACUGUCACCUCCUUUGUUGGCAGCAGCCGCAGACACCGCCUCGUCCGGUCGCAGGUGAACAGCUCCGAGUACUUCAGCGUGAGCUUCGAGCUGCCCAACGGCGCGGACGCGGGCCCGGACGAGUUCGUCGCGGCGUGUCGCGGCGUCACGCUGGCAGAGGCACUGCAGGCGUCGUGCAACCGACGCGGCGUCGACGUCAGCGCAGUGAGCGUCUCGGUGGACGACGCCCGGACGCCACUGACUGCCGACACGGCCACCCUUGCUGGACGUCACAUCAGGGUCAGAGUUCGCGACGCUCAGAGUCCCACGAGAAGUUCCAGCAAAGACUCCAGCGCGUCCUCGGCACCACUGCUCAAAAGCGUUUCGGAGCAGAGCUACGACCGCGGCUGGUCCUCCGGACGGUCGUUCUUCAGCGUGAGCACCGAUGAAGGCGGCGACCAGGAGGCGGCGCCGAGCCGGGCCGACAGGGGCGCCGCCGGCGUCCGCUCCCAGGGCUCGUCCUCCAAGCAGCGCUGGAGCAGCCUCUUCGGAAACUCCAAGGACACGAAGAUGGAGGCGCUGGUGGAGCAGCUGAAGCAGUACUCGGAGAGUGGCAUUCCCAGGCACGUCCGCGCAGAUCCAGAUGAGUACGAGACCCACCGUGAGGAGCUGGAGCAGAUGGGCAAAGGCGACUGGCGGGAGCUGCUGUGUGGGGGCGGCGCCGAGCUGACGGAGCGGCGGCGCCAGCAGCAGGCGGCGCUGUGGGAGCUGCUGGCCACCGAGGCCGCCUACGUCCAGGUCGUCCACGUCGUCACCAGGCUGUUCCUGGCGUGCCUGCGCUCCCUGCAGGGCUGCGGCCUGCUGGUCGAGGUGGACGCCGGCCGGCUCUUCUGCAACGUGGAGGCGGUCGCGGCCGCCAGCCUGCAGUUCUGGGUUCGACACCUGGCGCCCGCCGUCGCCAGCGCCCGGCACCGCUCGCUGCCGCUCGACCCACUACACCUCAGGGACGGCUUCCUCAGGUUCCACGAGAUCUUCCAGCCGUACACGCGCUACUGCGCGGAGCAACUCAACUGCCAGGCCUACUGCCGGGAGAUGUGCCGCAAGGACGAGCUGUUCGCCGCCUACCUGGCGUGGUGCGAGGCGCAGCCAGCGUGCGGCCGCCUGAGGUUGGCAGACCUGCUGGUGAAGCCGAUGCAGCGCCUCACCAGAUACUCCCUGCUGCUCAGGGCGGUGCUCCGACACACCGACGACGAGCACCACGCCACCGCCCUGGCCCGGAUGAUAACGAGUGUUGACGAGUUCGUCAACAAUGUGAAUUCCUCACUGAAGACGAAACAGGACAACGAGAAGCUGAAGGCCCUCAUAGCGAGGAUCGAGUCCUACGACGUCGUGGAGGCGGUCAAGGACGAAGAGCUGGAGCGGCUGGUGCGCGUGCACUCCCAGCUGGACCUGACGGGCCCCAUGCCUGGUUGCCACGUCUCACAACCCAGGCAGCUGCUUCUCGAGUCCGACCUCAAACUGCGCGAGGGCGCUGCCUCCAAGACGGACGUGCGGUGCGUGCUGGUGACGGACGCGUUGCUGGUGUGCAAGCCGGCCGGGAGGCGGCGCGGCUCCGCCUCCAGGGCGGGGGCGGCGUUGCGGGUGGUGCGGCCGCCCUACCUGGUGGAGCGGCUGCGCGUGGCAGAGCUCCCCUCCGGCCUGGGCAUCGCCGUCGUCUACUUGAGCGAGUGGCGCACCGCCGUGCACGCCUUCACCCUCUCCAGCAACGACCCCAGGACCGUCCGGGUAUGGGUGGAGGCAGUGCAGCGCGCACAGGACCUGUACGCGACGGCGCGGAUGGCCUGGUCUCCGGCGCCACAGCUGUCUUCCCCACUCGGGGCGGCGCCGCCCCUGCCUCUUUCCCAUAUGGGGGUGGCACAGCAGCAGCAGAUGGGGGCGGCAGAGCCUCAGCCGGAGUGGCCAGGGGCGGCGACAGCAGCAGCAGCGGGGACGACAGCGGCAGCCGAGGCGAUGCCGCACAGCCCCCGACUGGAGUCCAGUAGGAGCAGCCGCCUCUCCAGCCUGGCACACUCGCACAGCAGCUCACUGGAGAUGAACGAGGCGUCUUCGCUGAGCAGCGCAUCCCAGUCGCAGUCUCGUGAGGCCAGCGUGGACAUCAACCGUGGCUCCAGUGUCAGCUCUGACGAGGGCCUGCUGAUGCCCCAUUCCACGACAGCCACUGGAGACUCCAGGCAGGCCACCUCACCCAGGACUGACAGGAGGUCCCGCCUGCUGUCGCCGACUCCCAGCUCGCUGUGCCUGCUGCAGCCGCCCAGCUUCCAGUCGGGGCUGGGCCAGUCGCUGCCCAACCUGACCCUCAGCUCCAGCCGGGGCACAGACACGGUGCUGGCCUCGCGCAGCGUCACGCCCACGCCCAGGUCGUCGCCGGCUGCAGCCGGACCUGCCACCACCGGUGGCUCCCCGGUCCUGGGCCAGAGCCCACCGGCUUCACUCCUCCUGGUGCCCGGACAGGGCCACGGCGCCAUCCGGAAGCAGCGGCACGCCCAGCCACAACACCUGCUCAGCCCCGGACACAGAGGUGUGUCUUAUCCACCACCCAGUCCGUGCCGAGGGUCUCUGCAGCGCGCAACGCCGGUGCCACAGUCUCGGAACCCUCCACUGGUGAAGACUGGUCAUGUGGCCAGCGUGGGCAGUAUAGGGCUCCAGCACACGCCACCACCACCACAGCGAUUCUCCGAUCUCGAAGUGCCACUUAUAGCAGGUGUUUCACCGCCAAGUGACGAGAAGCCGUCACCGGGGGAUUACCCUGCUGAAGAUGGCAGAGGACCGCCUCAACAGCUGCUCCAGUCUCCAGGCGCCGGUCCCGUCGAUGUCGGUGUCACUGGCGCCGCUGAUGGCGGCAACGGCAAUGGCAAGAGAGCCGGCCGCACCGACAACCGGAGGUACAAGACUGCCGGGGCCAUAGACGACAUCAAGAAACAGGAGUCGCGCGACUGCAGCAUCCACAAGAGGCUGUCCUGGAACUGCGGCCGCCAGCAGCAGCAGCAGCCGGGGACUGCGGGGGCGGCGGCGGCCGUGGGGGCGGGCAGUGGGGGCGGCAGCCAGGAGAGCGUGCGCUCAUCCAGCGGCGUCAGCUCCGGGGGCAGCGCCGGCUGCCUACUGCCGCAAGGUGCGGAGCCGGUGCAGGAGGUGGUGUACGAGUGGCGGCGUGCGCCCUCGUGCCCAUCUCAGCCACAGCCCCAGGGGCAGCGCCAGCUAUAUCUGGGGACAGGGGGCUACUACCCCCAAGGGGGCACACCUCCCCUCUCUCCGCGGGCUGUGCCCCUCGAGGCAGUCAAUGUCGAGAUGGUGCACCCCGCAAGGACUCCCGAGUCCAGCCAAGGUGCGAGUGGGACUCCGACACCGAGGGCAGCCACGCCAUCGCCGACGCCACUGGAGCACCAGCACCACCACCACCACCGCCACCAGCACCACCAGAGGAGGCCACCUGGUGGGCUGCAGAGGAUGAAGGACGCCAUUGUCAUGGAUUCCCCCGUUGAUGGCUCGAAUGUCUGAUGACCAAUCUGGAAAUAUCUCUACAGUAUUUUAUUGGACUGCAAGAUCAGUAGAGUGAGGAAAGUUUGGAAACAUUGUGACAUUGCACCAAGGAUGGUCACCGUGGCAGCAAGACAUGGUGACAUGGUGUCUGUCUUUUUACAAAGUGUACUCAUUUUUAUUCUUUAGAAAUGUAAUGUAAGACAGGUGCUUUCUAGCUGGAAAAAAGAAAUGUUUCUGCUCAGGAUUCACUUUCUGAUGUCCUCUGAUUAGUGUAGAACCUUGCACCUAAUACUGUAUAAACAUUUUUGAUAGUGCAUUGGUAACUUACUGUGUGCAUACAUUCUGUGAAUUAGUGACUGAUACGAGGGAAACAGGAUUGGUUCUAAGAAAACACAGUAUAUUAAGUUCUUCCUGAUGCUGUGAUUUUGAGUUCCACUUGGCUUUAACACUAUCAGCUUUAAAUGAGUACUUGAAAUAUGUACAAUAAUGUCACUGCAAAUGAAAAAUUAUGAUGAGUAGUAGGCCAGAAGGAGUUCCCUAAGGCCUGUUGCUGUAUUUCUGUAUUAGGUGGUUCAUAGUAUUUUUAUCUUUUAUAUUGCUCUUUACAUAUGCUGUUGUGCACUGUCAGACGUUUUUUAUUAGUUUUUGGCUAUGAAAUGGGUGCCAUAUAUGGCAUACUUUGUCCUAUACCAAAAGACAAGAAUGUUUUAGCUGCAGCUUGCAGUAUGUAGAAAAUGUUUGUGAUGAGUAGGAUGAUAUAUUAAUUCUGAAAUGAACUGUAGUGUACAAAGAGAAAUCUAACCUGAUAUUCAAUGCAGUAUGAAAACCCUGUCCAUCUAUUUUGGAAAUGAACUACCAAAAGCUAUUUAACUAUACAUGUUCAUUUCAUGUGUCACUGUACUUAAUUAUAGGGACCAUAACAUUGAAAAACUUUUUGGGAUACAAAAGAGGUUGUGUGGUGCCCUCAAAUAGUCUUUUUUUCUAAUACAACGAGAAACGUAUGGAGCAAAUUAAUAUAAUGUCUGUACACUAUGUGUCUGUAUAAACGCCUAAGCGCAUAUGUUGUCGCAAGAUGACAACUUCUUCUGAAUGUUUGGCCUUAUAAUCUUGGACCAAGAUACCAGAUCAUUAUUGCAAAUAUUUACAAACAGUAUUUUAAAUUGUAUGUGUACUCUAGCAGUAUUAUGUGCACAAAUUAGUUAUUUACAACUAAAUGUUUACUCUUGUAGGGAAACAUAGAUAGCUGUUAAAAUUGUUAAAGUUCUUCUCUUGUUGUUACAUUUGUGUAUAAAGACUUUUCAGUCACUCUACCCUUGCUUGUGAAUUUGCAAGACUUGGUAGUUUUAUGGUGAACAACAGUUUACAUACUUAAACAUCAUUGAACUGUAAGUUUGUACUAAUUUUGCACUGGGAAAAUUCUAUUUUCCCAUUUCCUUCUUAAUACUGGUAUUCUUUUGAUGGAGGGCACUGAAUUUAUUUCUCUCCAUGAGGAGUAACAGCCAGCAAAAUGCAGUCAGAAAGUUGUAUGUUUUAAAUAUUUACAUGUCUAGAAGUAGAAUGUUUUAGUCAAAAAUUUGAUAUGUGAGCCAUUUUGGCAAAUAAUCUGAGAUUGCAUUAGUUCACUGAUAUAAUAUUGUAAAAACUUUUUAGUCAUUGUAAUUGUUUAUUUUAAUUUAUGGGUCUAAAUGUAAGUUCAGACCUAUUUUGUUAGUAAAUCAAAAUAUCAGGCCCACAGAGUUCAUUUAGGUAACAAUGUCAGGUACUGCAAUCAAUCAGCUUUUACCAAAUGGAAAAUCUAGUGCAAUGAAAUGUCUAGUCCAAUUAAAUCAUGAACACAUAAUAAAUGUCAGUAAGUCUUCUUAUCCACAUAAUGUAAAAACCCUGAAUGUUCUGUAUAUUUAGUUAUUGUAGGUUUUACCUUAAAUUUAAUGAGCAGAUCUAGUGUAUAUUACAAGGAAUUAUAUGAUAAAUAUUGUUUUGUAAGUCAAACUUUGUGGACUCAAAUGUUUGGAUUAAGUAGAUUUUGAUGACCGAUAAGAUGUAGUGACAAAAACCAAAAAUAUUAUGUCAAAUACUAAAUUUUAUUUUAGCAAUAUUUUAUAUACAAUGAAAAAAUAUAAUCUCAUUUUUAAUUAUACUUUAUUUUCACAUAUUUUGACAUUGCUUAUGUGACGGCAACCACUUAAUAAUUAAAGAAGCAUAUGGCAUCUGUUAUAGACUUCAUGCAACCGUUUAUUUGUAGAAAUUCACCAUGAUACUGUCAAAUGGAUUUCACAUUUCCAGUUUCAAUUGUAAAAUAUUAACUGCAUGUAUUCUCUUUUUCUGUGCACUUUAUUGAUUCGAUAUUUCAUAUUACUCUAGUGUAGUUGCUUUAGCUAACCAUUUGAUAUAUCAUGUAAUGUUUCUCAGUUGUGCUGCAAGAUAAGUCAGUAUUGUUAUAAUAACAGAGAAACUGAUUGCUUUUGAGGAGCUAUUAUGAAGAACUAAAUGUAAGAUUUUUACCUGGAGAUAUAAAACCAAGCCCCUGGGAUGUUUUGUGACAAAUGUAUGCAAAAUAUGGAUAUAAGUUGUGGUAUGUUUCUGUCAGUUGUAAGUAAAAUCAAAGAUAUAGACUGUACAAAUAUGAGGAAAUAGGUAUUCCUACAUUUUUAUGUUGUUGAUUUCAGUAAGACCAAACUUUUUUUCUCUUCAGACAUGACCCUCCUGUCCAUGCAGAAAUUUUGUUUCAUAUACAACAUGUGCACAAUACAAGCAUGUAGCCAAUUCCCAUUGUUCACAGUAGAGUGUCCAUUUAAAGCCACUAGAACAUAAAGAACUGCAGAAUUCUUGUUGUUGCUAAUGAAGACAUAUCCCUAUUCCAAAAUAGGAACAUUAAUAGCUCUUAUGUUUCAUUUGAUUAAAUUAGGAGUUGAGAUCAAUAGGACAGGUGCACAUAUCCUCUAUCUGCCUAAGUCAAGGUGUCCACAAACAUUACCCUUCUCAUGCUUUCAUCUUUGGUGUUUCAGUAUGAAGCGAAUACAGAGUUUUGAAUGGCAUCUGUUACAGUUCUGGUUUCCUCUUAGGGGGCUGAUGAUGAUGUACUUCUGACAGUUAUUUUGUUGGAAGAGAGACUUGAUGUACUGCUGACAUUGCAUGAUUUUUUUGUGAUGCUGCUGCACAUCUCAUGCGUGUUUUUGCAUCCCUGAGACACUGACAUUAUUAACACUAUUUUGUUGUUCACAGUGUUCACCAAGCAUCUUUCCCCAUUGCAUACUUCCAUUUUCUUGUUUAAAAAUCAAACAUCAAGAUAAAAAGUUUACUGAAUACCAUGUUAGGAAACAAAAAUGCACCAAUCUGCAUGAACCUCUGAAAUUUUUCUAAUUAUUCCUGGUAUCCAAGUUAGCCCCAUAAUAAUAAAUAGUUUUACAUGAUAUAAAUAAAACUGUCUUUUAUCUCUCGUAGGAGACAUACCUCCAGUUGUCUGCAGUGUGUACACCCCCCUCCCUUUUUCAUUCCUAAUUUUUAAUAAUAAUGUUCAUCCAAGUUCCCAGCAGCCAGAUACACAGCUGCCUAUCAAAAAUUGAACUGAAUACUUAAAUCAGCCUGUGCACUGCGGCCUAUAUAUAUAUAUAUAUAUAUGGAACUGUGUUUAACACUUUUUCUAAAAUCAUGAGACAUCACUCAAAUUAAACACAGCUUUAUUUGUUCACAUCCAGCUUAUGGGCCCUUAUCGACCUCCUAAGUUUCAACAUCACUCACCCUACUUAACCACUCAAGUCAGUUUCUUUCAUCUGUUUCACAUGAAGAAUAUCUCAAUUAUUCGAUUACCUUAGCCAUCGGUGUUAAGACUUCUGCCAGUAUUCAGGUAUUAUACAUGGUUGCCUUUUGACGGAUUUGAUACAGCCUGUCAUGAAUUCGUCUUCUGUGCCAACUCUUCAUCUCAGAGUAGCACUUGCUGGUUACAUCCGCGAGUGUUAGUUGUAUUCCAAUCACUCUCAUUCCCUACAGGUUUUACCCUCUACGUCUCCCUCUAGUACCAAUCAAAGUUAUUCCCUGAUGUCUUACAUGUCCUAACAAUCUGUCCCUUCUUCUUCUCAACCGUUUCAAUAUGUGACCCAUUUUCCUUUCUUUGCUGAAUCUUCAGAUAACCUUCUCAUUCCCUGUCUUAUCAGUCCACCUAAUGUUCAACAUUGUUCUAUAGCACCACAUUUCAAAAGCUUCAAUUUACAUAGGCCAUCAUCCAGUACCAUACAAUGCUGAGCUCUAAAUAUACAUUCUCAGAUAUUUCUUCAUCAGUUUAAGGCAAAUAUUUGACAUCAGAACCAGGAAUACCCUUUUUGCCUGUGCUGUUCUGCAUUUCAUGUCCACCUUGCUAUGUCCAUCAUGUGUUAUUUUACUUCCAAUGUGGAAGAACUGCUUAACUUUGUCUGCUAUGUAAUCCCCAAUUUUUAUGUUAAAUUUAUUGUCAAUCUCAUUUCUGUGACUCCUCAGUAUUUUGAUCAUUUUUCAGUCUACUCUAAAUCUAUAUUCUGUACUCAUUAGACUGUUCAUUCCAUUCAACUGGUCUUGUAAUCCUUCUUCACUUUGACUGAAGGUUCAUGCACAUGCAAGCACUCUGAAAACAAAUCCAUAUUUUGAAUCUGGCUGAGUAUCAUAAGUGUACAAAAGAAUAGUAGUGCCACUAAUUAACAGUUCACAUCACAUAUACAGUUUAUGUUUUAAACAUGUUUGGUGACAGAUGCAGGUAAAUAUUUGUGAAGAACUGACAGUGAUUGAUCAUCUUUACAAUAAUUGUGUAAUAAAACAUUUCCUGAUACAUCAGAGCUUCCCCUGCUGUUGCGUUUUCCUUUCUGUGAAUAAUCAAUGUGGAUAAAUUUACCUCUGUCAGAGAUUGCAAUUUCUUUCUCCUUGCAUGUGAGGUUACAAUAACUGCAGUUUUAAUCUCUUUGAAAUAUGAAUCUAAUCUAUAGAAAUAAACUGAUUAUCCAACAACAAUAUGAAGGGGGAAUACGUCUUAAUAAGUGUGGUGGCUUUCCAAUGAGCAAAAGCCACACAUUUUAUUCUGGUUUUAGGUUAUGUGUUAUAUGUGUGCAUGCUUUAACUUUAGAAGCCAAAGUGUCAUUUGUAGAUUUGAUACAGUUUGUUAGUGUAGGGGAACUAAAUGUAUUAGUUUUGGAGUGUAUUAGAAUGUGUUUAGAACCCUGUUCAGUGGAAUAAUGUUGGCCUACAAUAGAUUACGCUUACACCACUACUGUUUUUAAAAUCAGAGCACCAAAGUUCCAACAGAAAAACAUUUAAAAGCUAAGAGAUGUAGAAUUAUCUGUGUUAAGUUGUAAUGUGUCAAUUCUAGUAUGCAACUAGCUGAGAAAUAUUAAUGGAGAUGUGUUAUAUUAUUAUGAAGGACUGUCAGAAUUUCAUUACUAACAAUAUUGUAUUGAGUGAUGUAUAGCACCAAAUUUUCUGAUUCCUUCAUUCUGUUUUAUAUAUAAAUAUAUUUUGUAGCAAAGUUUGUACACUCAUGUCAAUGUGUACUGUUGCAGCAUUAUUUAUCAGCAAAGCUGUACAGAGAUGGAUUUAUACAGUUCAACUAUCCAAUGUAAGAAAGUAAUUCCACAUUUUUAAAAAAUAUUAUGCAUUAGAUAGUGUAGCACUUAUGAGAAAAAUACAUAUAUUAUGGCCUGUAGAUAAUGUCUAAGUUAUCUAUUAAAUUAUUAUUCUGUUUGAUUUUUAGUAAGUUUUUGCAAUGGUAGUACAUUUCUUGAAGAACAAGGAACCUGGAGCCCAAGGAGUAAAUUUCCCCAUAAAUAGUGUAAUCUACCAUUUAAGUACACCGUAGUUAUGCAGUGAACUGUGUACAUAAUAAUUCUGUAAUUAUUAUUGUUUAAUGUAUAGCUAUAAAUGUAUAAACUUUGGUCCAAUUGAUUUUUGUACAGUAUGUCUUGUAAUUUGCUGAACAAUGAAGUAUAUUUAAAACA